UCGCAGUCAAGGAAAAUGGAUCAGACAACCUUGGAUUUCUGUAAGCAAGCUUUUGAACAACUGACCAAGCAAGUGCAGGACUUUAAGACAGAAAUAAACGAAAGCAUCAAAUCGUUGAGAAAUGAAACGGAGGAUAAUUGUAAAAGAAUGAUAGAUAACACGAAAAGGUUAGAGAAUACUAGGAAUGAGGUUGAAUCGAAGGAACUGGAGGAUCAUGAAAGGAACCAGAAUAAUCAGGAAGUGUCAAAAAUGAUGGAUGCUACACCAGAUAGGAAAAAAGAGCGUUUGCAAAUGACGAAAGCCAGAAGACUGAAACUGAAAGAAUACAGGGCCUUUCAGGAAUUCCUGAAGAAUGUUUGCAGCGUGAAGAUCUGGUUGAAACAAAAGCUUCAUAUAGCGGCAGAUGAGAGCUAUAGGGAACCUCUUAACCUGGAAAGUGAAAUCCAGAAGAAUUCUUCAUUCGAGGAAGAGGUUAUGGACAGCGAUGAAAGAGUGCAAAGCGUAAUAAACGAGGGACAAGAGUUACUACAUUCGAAUCACUAUGCCAAAGAUGAAAUAGUCAUAAGGCUGGAAGAAAUCAAAGAGGAUUGGAAGAGACUGUUGGAACUAAAGCAGAUCAAACGGGAAAAGCUGAACGAGGCAUAUCAAGCACUGCUCUUCAGGAGGUCCGUCGAAGAGUUUGAGGUUUGGCUAGGUGAAGUCGAGAUUCAAGUUAGUAACGAUUUCGGAAAAUACUUGGCUUCAGACAACAACAUCCUAAGAUGCCAUCCCGCUUUGGAAAAUGACUACCAACAGCACCUAGAGAACUACGAGAGCAUCAACGAGAUAGAUGAGGAGGUACAGUGGUUGAGCGACAGGAAAUCGCUGGCAGCGUCUUUGGACCUGGGUAUCAGUCUUACCGCGGUCCAGAGCUUACAGAAAAAGUAUCGGACGCUGGAGGUCGAGCUGAACUCGAGGGAACACAUCGUGAAAAGUUCGAUGGAUAGGGCGGUCAACAUGAUGAGAUCCGGUCAUGAGUUCUUCAAUGAUAUCAGCGAGAAGGUGAAGGAAUUGGAGAAUCGAUUCAUGAUGGUGAGGGAUAUGGCCAGUCUGAAGAUGUUGAGGUUGCAAGAUGCCCUUGAAUCGGAAAAGUUUCACGAGGAGAGUUCAGAAGCUGAGGCCUGGAUUGAUGACAAGUUGUUGGCUCUGGCAACAAGUGAGGUUGUUAGAGAUGAGAUUUCCAUUCAGAUGUUGCAGGGAGAGCUGAGUUUAAUAACUGCUGAAGUUGAAGAUUACCAGGAAAUGAUCGAUAAAUUAUCUCAGAGGUGUAGCAAUCUUGUGGAAAGGGAGCACUACGAUGCAGAUAACAUCAAGAAAAGAGAGGAAGAAAUAGUGCAAGAGUUCAAGAAGUUACGUCAGCUAGUGGCUCAGAGGGAAGUUUCCCUCUCCGAAGCCUUCCAGUAUUUCGGGUUCCUCCAAGAGUGCACCAAGCUCCAAGAAUGGAUCAAGGACCAGAUGACCAAGUCCAAAAUUGAAAAGCAUGGAGUUGAUGUCGAGCAUGUGGAACUUCUAAUUCAUGCCUUCGACACUUUUUACGCCCGUAUAAUGAAUAGCGAGGCAAGGCUCCAUUCAUGUUUAGUUAGCGGAAAUGCUCUGAUUGAUGCUGAAUGUAGCUACAGUGCCAAGAUCCAGGAGAAGAUGAUUGAGGUCCAGACUCUUUUGGAGCUAGUAAACGGUCCGAAUGAACUCUUGGUUAGAGCAAAACAGGUGCAUAUGUUCGAUAGAAGAGCUGAAGAAAUAAUCUCUUGGAUAAGCGAGAAAGAGGUUGACUUGUGCUACGAUACCAAUAGUCAAGACUCGGAAAGUAACCAAGAUUUGCUCAGAAAACCUCUGACUUUCGAAGGCGAGUUGGAAGUGAUCGAGGACAAGGCGAACUUUAGAGAGCAAGUGGCCAAGAAACUUGUCGAGGAAUUCCCAGAAACCAAUGAGCACAUUGAUAGCAAGAGGGAAGAUACGCUCGAAGCUUACAAAUAUCUUGUUGUGUGCGCAGAGAGGAAGAAAUAUAACUUGCAGCAAUUGGAACCAUCCCGAGGUUAUAUUAACCAAGACAUUGCCGAGAAGUUCAAAAUCCUGAAGCUUGGAUUAGGGACUUGGAAGAAGCGAAAGGAUAUCUGCGAUCAGAACCUGGACGUUCAGUUAUUCAAGAAGCAGGUGUCCGUAUUCGUGAAUUGGCUGAUAACGAGGGACGACGCUCUCAAGGAAGAGAAACUGGAAGAUCUGAUCGGGAGGUAUUGCGACUUUGAGGAGAGGAUCAAAGUUCGAGAGAAGGCUGUUAGGUAUUAUUCCUGUGAACAAGGAAAUUGCAGAAACGGAGAAUCCUGUAGAUUUAGCCACCGUGCCAGAUAUGUUCAGGGACUGAACAUCCUAGGAAGGGGGCAGUGUAACGAAUUCGCAAGCCCUACGCCACUGCCUCUUUCUAAAAGGUACCGGAAGCACCGAGAGCUCGAUAGAAAGAUCAAGACGCUUCUAGAGAGAGAUGCCAGCGGUGCGACAGAAGCGGCGGAAACAAAAAAGAAAGGGAAAGGACAGAUACAAUAUCAAGUCUACAUAUUAGUGUACAGCGGUGUCGAUAGACAUGAGCGAACUAAGGAGGGCGUAGCUUUGUUAGUACAUAAUAAGCACAAGCUGAAUAUAGACCGAUGUCAGUACAUAUCAUCCCGUAUAAUUGUUGUCACGAUACACAUGGAAAACCAGAAGAGAAUGAAUAUAAUAUCAGUGUAUGCACCAGAGGACAAUAAACCCAAAAAGGGGAGAGAAAACUCCCCUUUUUGGGACGCAAAUGAGGCGAUGAUCGUUCUAGGAGACUGCAAUGCACGCAUCGGAAGUGAAAUCAUACCAGGAAUAAAACAGCGAUUUAAUGAGGAGGUGAUUAAUAGCAAUGGAGAACUCCUGAUAAAUUUGUGCGCAUUGAGCGAGUUAAGAAUAAAUAACACCUUCUUUCAUCAUAAAGCCCAGCACAAGUAUACGUUCGAAAAUUCAAGAGGGCAGAGAUCGACCAUUGACUAUAUAUUGAGCAACAGGCACAUACAUCCUGCUCAGGUAAGAGACGUCAGAACUUUGAAUUCAGCUAAUGUCAAUAGUGAUCACAGGCUACUGAUGGGAAAAGUUAAACUAAAGUUACCCCUAAAACGAAACAACAAAAACAGAAAAGAACAAAAACUGAACGUAGAAUCCCUGUGGCACGACUCCACAAGAGUUUUAUACCAACGAAGACUACAGGAAAAAAUAGAAACAAACCCAAUAGAUUCGAGAGACGAUGUCGAUGUUUGUUGGCAAAAGUUGAAGACCAACAUUGAAGAAGCUGUGAAUGAGGUACUUGGCAAACGCAUGAUAAAUAUGGACAAGGGAAUUAAUAGAACCCCCUGGUUUACCGAUGAAAUCAAAAAGAAGUGCAGUGAAAAGAAGCAAGUGUAUCUGAAAUAUCGAGCACAGAGAACUCCAGAAUCAUAUGAACAGUACAAAACAAUCCGUAACGAAACAAACUCGCUCAUAAGAUCAGCUAAAAACAGCCACUGGGAAAAGUUCUCCAAAAGAAUGGAGAGUGACUUUUAUGGACUGCAAAAACAGAUGUGGCGAUUGAUAAGAACCCAGAGAAAGGAAAUAAAUGAAUUAACUGAGCCUAAGCACAUAUCAAAGGAGACCUGGACUAAAUAUCUGGAAACACUCUAUAAAAAAGAAGAAGAUAACAUCGAACGCAAUAACACACCAGCAAUAGUCACCAGUGACAGUGUCAGUGUGGAGAACACAGACGUAGAAUUGGCACUCCGACAACUGAGGAAUAGAAAAAGCCCCGGAUUAGAUGGCAUUCCAAAUGAAUUGCUUAAGUAUGGGGGGCAGCAUCUGGUUGAACAGUUGACCUUGCUAACUAAGGCCAUCUUCUACCACCACAGAAUACCGGAACAAUGGCGAACAAGUAUCGCCGUCCUCAUGUUUAAAAAGGGAGACAAGAAAAAACCAGAGAAUUACAGGGGUAUAAAUCUACUCAGUACAACCUUGAAAUUAAUAACUAAAAUAAUCACCAAUAAGAUUAACAAUAUUAUUUUCCUAUCCGAUGAACAACAAGGCUUCAGAUCAGGAAGAUCAUGCAAAGAUGCAGUAUUUGUUAUGAGACAAAUCGUUGAGAAAUCCAUUCAGUAUAACAGGCCUGCAUAUAUGUGUUUCGUAGAUCUUCAGAAAGCAUUCGAUCGAGUUCAAAUACAAGAUGUCGUACACCUACUCUACCAAAGUCAAAUACCGCACAACUUAAUUAAAGUAAUUGAAGAUAUAUAUAGCUCCAACAAAAUACAGGCUAAAAUCGAUGGAGAACUCACCAGACCUAUACCGAUAUAG